AUGUCCUCAUCGCCUAACGAGCGACAGGAUUUUCGUGAAUACCCCGAGACGGGGCAGGUAGUGGACUAUGGUAGCGAUACCAGUGUCCCGGGUGAUGCAAAGACAACGUCCGAUACAUACAUGCCUGAAGUACAACCUUCUACUACGUUAAGUCCGUUCGAUGAACGUGAUGAUACAAAUGCGCCAUUGGCGCCAUAUUCAACGCCCGAUUCGGAUGAUGCAAUUAUCACCAGCCCGAUCGAUGAACAUCAAGAGUUUGAUGUUCAACGAGAAGAAAGCGUUCGGUGCAAUGCACAAAUGUUCACGACCAUUGCAAGCCAGCGUGACUAUGUGAUCACUCCACAUAGCGUGGAUGAACAUUUAAGUCAAACAACUGGCCAAAUUUUGGCAGCGUGGGGCAUUGGCCCUGAAGCUACUUCUCCCGAGGAAGAGACAAGUGGCCAGGCACUUCGUGAAAGGUACAUGGACCCAUACGUGACAAAAAAAGGUCCUUAUAAGGCACGCCUUGAGAUGCAAGCUCAUGGUGCACCGGUUCCACCGAUUAAGGUAUACCCAUUCUCUUGUUUGCAGGCGAAACAACGUACGAAGAAGACAAAGACUUCAUUCGAUAGGUGCACCGCACUCGUCACCUUAGCAGUAUGUGCACUCUGA